AGGGAGAAUUUAGUUAGGCCCCACACCUCAUCCUCCUAUCAGUGAGUCCGAGUCGGGACUGAAGCAAACCAACCAUCUCUCUCUCUCUCUCUCUCCUCUCUCAAUAGCCGUCGGAUCGAUUGAAUUACAGGCGUCGCUCUCUCAUCGCUCCUAAAAAAAGAUAUAGAAUAGGUAAAUAAUUAAUGGAGCUGCAAAUUAAGGUAGCUCAGGCGGUUCAAGUACUGAAUCACGAUGCCGAGUCAUGUAACCGAGUUGCUGCCAAUCAGUGGCUCGUUCAGUUCCAAAACACGGAUGCUGCUUGGGAAGUCGCUUCUGCGAUUCUCACUUGCGAUCAUCAUCUUCCUUUCGUCUCCGAUUUCGAAGCCGAGUUCUUCGCCGCUCAGAUUCUCAAAAGAAAGAUCCAAAAUGAAGGAAAUCAUUUGCAAUUAGGAGCUAAAGAUGCUCUUCUUAAUAGCCUUCUUGUUGCAGCUAAAAAAUUCAGCUCGGGCCCCCCGCAGCUCUUAACACAAAUUUGUCUUGCUCUCUCCGCUCUAAUACUACACAUGAUGGAGCACAGUAAACCUAUUGAGAAGCUUUUUUACAGUCUUCAGAAUCUGCAAAGCCAGGAAAAUGGCAAUAUUGCUGUACUGGAGAUGCUAACUGUCUUGCCUGAAGUUGUAGAAGACCAAAGUACAUAUAUUGGGCGAUGCUUGUAUGGCCAAGAGCUUUUGUCACAUACUCCGAUGGUUAUUGAGUUCCUACUAAAGGAAUCUGAGAAAUAUAUUGAUGGUGUUGUCCAACUACACGAAAGGAAUAGGAAGCUUCUGCGAUGCUUACUGAGUUGGGUUCAAGCUGGUUGCUUGUCUGAAAUUUCAGCCGCUUCAUUGCCAGCUCACCCGCUUCUCAGUUUUGUAUUCAACUCGUUGCAGGUUUCCUCAUCAUUUGACCUGGCCGUUGAGGUUCUUGUUGAACUCGUGAGCCAUCAUAAGGGGCUACCACAACUUCUGUUAUGUAAAGUUGGAUUCUUGAAGGAAGUGCUGCUUCAUCCUGCUCUUAAUAAUCGAGAUGAGAAAGUAAUUGGUGGCAUUGCAUGUUUGAUGUCGGAGAUUGGUCAGGCUGCGCCUUCACUAAUUGUAGAAGCAAAUCCUGAAGCACUUGCACUGGCAGAGUCACUGUUGAGUUGUGUGGCAUUUCCAAGUGCAGACUGGUAUAUCGCGGAUUCCACUUUGCCAUUCUGGAGUAGUAUCGUGAGCAGUAUACUCGAGCUUGAUAUCCAUAGUGAAAAAAGGAAAAGUGUUGAGGAUGUGUUUUUUUCUAUAUUCACGGCAUUAUUUGAUGCUCUUGUUUUGCGUGCUCAGGUGGAUGAUUCUACUCUGGAUGAUGCUGACGAAACAGUAGACCUUCCUGAUAGCCUUUUGCAAUUUAGGUCGAAUUUAGUUGAAGUGUUGGUGGAUAUAUGCCAGCUUCUAAAAUCUGCUCCAUUUAUACAGAAGAUAUUUUUUGGUAGUUGGGUGUCUUCAAACUUGCAUAUUCCGUGGAAGGAGGUUGAAAGCAAAUUGUUUGUUCUCAAUGCGGUUGCUGAAGUAGUACUGCAAGAAACGCAAACUGUUAAUCUUUCUGUAGUUACUCACUUGAUGACAAUCUUAACUAGUAGGAAUUCUGAAGAACUCAAGGGCUUUAUGUGCAUUGUAUAUAAAGCAGUUGCUGAUGUUGUUGGUUCAUAUUCCAGAUGGUUCACGGCUUUCCAGACUAAUGUUAGAUCAUUACUAUUAUUUUUUGCAACAGGAAUUUCCAAAUCAAUGUGUUCAAAUGCUUGUGCUUUGGCAUUGCGCAAAUUUUGUGAAGAAGCAACCAUUGUAAUGUUUGAGCCUUCGGACCUGGACAUUUUGAUCUGGAUAGGAGAGGGAUUAGAGAAGAGUCAUAUAUCUCAAGAGGAUGAUGAAGAAAUAUUUAAUGCCAUUGCUGUGGUACUUGCUUCUGUUCCUAAUAAGGAGCUUAAGAACAAUUUGCUGGUCAGAUUGCUUUCUCCCAGUUUUGAAGCUCUUGCAAAACUUACUGCAGAAGAUUCCCAGAAUUCCUUGAGUAGAAAUAACGGUAUAAAUACUAGAGAAAUUAACUCAGCCGCAAGAGGAUUGUACAGGAUGGGAACUGUAUUUAGCCAACUUGCAUCACGGGGUCUUGUUGGUUGUGCUUUAGAUGAUUCUAUCCUCAUACUGCUAGGGGUAUUCUGGCCUCUGAUUGAGAAACUUUUUUGCUCAGAACACAUGGAUAACACCAAUAUAUCUACGGCAGCUUGCAGGGCUCUUUCACAAGCAAUUCAUUCCUCAAGCCUACAUUUUGUGUCACUUUUGCCUAAAGCAUUGGAUUGUCUAUCCACAAAGUUUGUGUCAUCCAGAAGUCACGAUUGCUACAUCAGAACAGCUGCUGUUGCUAUUGAAGAGUUUGGUGGUAAAGAGGAAUUUGGACCUCUUUUUAUCAGUACUUUUGAAAGAUUUACAUAUGCAACAUCAGUGAUGGCUCUUAAUUCUUCAUAUGUUUGUGACCAAGAGCCUGAUUUAGUGGAAGCUUACACUAAUUUCGCAUCAAUAUUGAUUCGCAGCUCUCCGAAGGAUGUGUUAGCUUCUUCUGGGCCUGUGCUUGAAAUGUCGUUUCAGAAAGCAGCCAUAUGCUGUACCGCUAUGCAUCGCGGAGCAGCACUAUCAGCAAUGUCGUAUAUGUCGUGUUUCUUGGAGAUUGGCCUGACUUCUAUAUUGGCUUCUGUAAAUUGUAUCCCUGAGGGAUCAUUUGAAGCCAUGACUAUUCAUGUCAUAUCUCAUAGCGGAGAGGGACUUGUAUCAAGUGUAGUGUAUGCUUUACUUGGUGUUUCUGCAAUGUCAAGGGUUCACAAAUCAGCGACAAUAUUGCAACAGUUGGCUGCAAUAUGCAGUUUAAUUGAAAGGACGAUGUGGAAGGCUGUACUUUGUUGGGAGUCUUUGCAUAAGUGGCUUCAUUCUGCGGUGCAGACUUUGCCACCUGAGUAUUUAAGGCAGGGGGAAACAGAUUCGUUGGUGCCUAUAUGGUUGAAGGCUCUUUCUUCUGCUGGUUCAGAUUAUCUUGACAGCAUUAAUUGUAACGGAAGAAAAAAUGAGUGUGCCCAUAUGCAAGGAAAAGGAGGAAGGGUUUUAAAACGACUAAUUCGGGAAUUUGCUGAUAGUCAUCGAAGUGUUCCCAGUCUGAUUUAGUCAACCAAUAGGGCAAGGCUAACUAAAGUUGCCAUUUACCUUAAAGGCUUGUGACAUUAGUCACCACUCACUAUAAUAUUUAACAGGUUCUUGCUUGGUCAUUAACGGAGGUGAUGCAGCGGAGUACAUUCUGCUGCAGCUUUUAAGCCAAAAUCUUGGCUGAUCAGCACCUAAGUAGGUUCUAUUGCAGAUUUAUGGUAUAUUUGACGCCCCACCUAACCCUGGGGGUAUCUUUCCAGAUCCCCUAAUUAACAUUUAAAUGAACCUGUAACCCAUUGAUAUCGGAGGCACUACAGAAACCGAAAUCUGAGGCCAACAGGAUCGUGUAACAAUUGAUCCUUAUUUUUGUCUUUGCAGGCCUCUUUACCUUUGUGGUAUAUAUGUAAGAGGGUUCAAAUACCACAGGAACUAUACAACAGGAAGAAAAAGAAUCAGAGAUUCUGGGAAAGUAAGAUUGCUCUGCAAGUGGUUGGUGCUCAUAUACAAUUUCCGUAGUUGCUUGUUACACUAGAAUCUCUGUGAACGGUAAAGUGACAAAAGAAGCUUUGUAUAGCAGUUAGGUUCAGUUUAGAUGUUUCAAUGUUAGAUUUUCUUCUCUUUUGUACACGAAAAAUGUUUGUUUGAUUACAGUUUAAGGCAAUUAAAUCCCAAGUUGUCUGAUUAGAAAAUAAAUGUCUAAUGAUAAAAGGAUUAAUUAUGAAACCA